AUGCAUUUGGUUUGGGAACAGAUGAUCGAAGGUUUCCUGCAAUUGUCGGCCACUGUACAACAAUUCCAUGUACGAAGCCCCGACAGCUUUUAUCACAUCUGGAAAUAUGAGCUAGCCGAAUACUCGACUUGCCCCGAGGCUUUAAUUGUAGAUGGUAAUGUCUGCGAUCAGACUAUGCUAGUUGGUGUGCUUCAUUCGUUUGAGGUUGAAGCGCUUAUCACUUCGAUCCUAUCGAAAUUCUUCCAAGCCAUCGCCAACUCAUCAACGGAGACAUCAACGGAAAAUGAUGGUAUUACUCCCGGGCAUACUUCUUCUGGUUUCUCAUUACGCUUAAUCACGCAGCAUCUGAACAAGCAGGUUCCUGCCUAA